CGCGCAUGCGCGGCGCCGCGCUGCCAGUGCGCUCUGCGGCGUCGGAGCGGGCAGCCAUGGGGCUCGGGUCCAACUCCGCUGUGCGGGUUGAAUGGGUUGCUGCAGUCUCCUUAGCUGCUGGAGCAGCUGCUGUUGGGUAUCUAGCUUACAGAAAAUUUCUCUCUAAAGACAAAUGUUGCAAAGCAAUGGUAAAUCUCCAUAUCCAGAAGGAUAACCCCAAGGUAGUCCACGCAUUUGAUAUGGAAGAUCUGGGAGACAAGGCUGUGUACUGUCGUUGCUGGAGGUCUAAGAAGUUCCCCCUGUGCGAUGGCUCUCACACGAAGCACAACGAUGAAACUGGUGACAAUGUUGGACCUCUGAUCAUCAAGAGGAAGGAGGCGUAGAGUGGACAGUGGAAGCUCCAAAAUGAAUGUCUGACAAAUCCUCUGCUCACUUGUAAUUGGCGGGGGGGAAAUCACAAUUCUUUGUCGUGUCACUGAAGACUUCCCAGUGUGGUAUAUACAUCAGGCUUCAGCAAGUGUAUUUUUUCUGGUGUGUGUCUUGUUUUAAUCACUACAACGUAUAAUUUAGUAAAUAGUCACAAUGUAUAAUUUAGUAAACAUUCAUGGUUUAAAUUUUUUGUCCUGUAGAGUGUGUGUACCCUAUCAUUAAGUAUGAAAUUGAAAUGACGGAUAGAAUGUACUUCAGCUGAUGUGCAGAAAAUAAUUUAUUAAAUUCUUUUCAAAUACCUGUGUAGUACUUUGAGGCAAUUCAGUAGCAAGUAUAUUCAGAAGAUAGUUCUUAAUAAUGCUGAGAGGUUCAAAAGUCACAGGCGCAGAUAGGCGAAAGGAAAGAAAUCAUGGUGCCAAAAUGGAACUUGUGAUUACACUGCAUUUUUUGCAAGUGUCAUUUUUUUUCUGUCAGACUGUUGUUCUAUGUUGCUUCUGUAAAAGUUUAAUAGUUAACUAUGAACAACAUAAAAAGACUUAUAGCAAGAUGGGGCUUUGAUCUUGCAGCAGUGUUGAAACUUGACCCUACUACCUACCAUAUGCUAUCAGGAACAUAAUAGCCAAACUGUGGAAAUGUGUUUAGAGUAAGAUUAAGAAGAUUGUGUCUGGGAGAGCUUUCUUAGUGUAGAAGGCAAAUGAUUGGUGAAGGUGCUGAAGAAGUAGGGGGCAGCAACUGGCAGGGUGAUUUUGCUGCUAGAACCCCUUAAUUUCACUUGCACUCCCCAGCAGUAGAACUAACUUCCCUAGAUGACAAGACAUUUGGGUGGCUGUGCUGCCAAAAGCAAAAUAAAAACUAAAAAAACUCACCUGUCAUUACUGUCUGCUUCAUCUUUGCCCUGGUGGUUCUGGAGGACCCUUCCCUCUGUGCAGGGAAGAGGCACAUCUUUCUUACCGAGUGGCCUUAGGCUUUAUGUGUCUUAAAUAGUUCCUGCCUCUCUGGGCUAACUAUUGAUGUAGAUCAGCUAAUUUUACCAAAAGAACCAAAAUGAAGAUGCUUCAGUGAUGGCUAGAAAAAAAAGGGAAAAGGAGGGAUGAGGCAAGAACUCGCCCCCCAUUUGUGUGGCACUUGUCUGCCUCGUCUAACACUGCUGUGCAUAUUGCAAAUGUGAGCUGGCUGUAACAUUGGUUAUCUAAAAUACCUUUGAUUUAUCAACAUACAAAGAACUACAAAGCAAAAUCCAAAGAGCGGGGUGACAGAGGUUGGUUGUGUGUUAAAUCCAGUCCACUAGCAUAAUUACACCUUGUGGAAAACUGAUUUCUUAGUGUCUGGGGAGAGAGGAAGACUACCUCAGCUAGAGGAGAGGCCUUUCAGGAAGCUGGAAUUUUAAGAUGAACCCUUGAAGAUCCUUCCAGAUGAUAGGGAUAGCAGAGUUUUUUUUUAUUUAUAUAUAUAUUUAAGGUCAGGGUUGGUAUGACUGGUUGAGAUCAAAGAAAGUGUUUUGUGUGUUCUCUUAGAUUUGGGACAUUCAGAGGCUGAGGUUGUAGCUGACUGAUCUGAACUUUGGCAGAAGGCGCAGAAAAUAGAGAAAGUGGCAGAAAAGUAGGGUAAAGAAGGUUUGCGGCUGAAACAUAUGGGGCUCAACUACUGUCUAUUGGAGAUCUGUACUAGAAAGAAGUUGCAGUCAAAAAUAUGUAGUUUAUAUCUUUUCUUCCUGUCUUGACUGUAAAGGUACUUGAUUUUUUUUUAACUUGGCUAAGUACUGAUAUGUCUGGAAAGUUGUUUUAACCUUAAAUUACCAAAUAUGUCGGUUUUAUCCAAAACAAGUUAUUUCUGUAUUAUUAAACUGUGACACUGGAUGUUUCUGUAUUUUUGUCAAAUACACUUUUGAGCUCAUCUUAA